AUGGCUUCAUAUGACAAAAAAUUUAUUCAGCAAUGUGCCGCCACAUGGAUCGCCAUUGGUACUUGUGCAGACACUAUUGGACAGGUGGAAAAGGCCGUAGAGGCCUUUUCCACUGCCCUACGUUAUUCCCCCAAUAACGCAAAGGCCUUAACUCAUUUGGCCCAUGUCUAUCGUACCCGAGACGCCUAUGCCGAGGCUGCCGAUUUGUAUCGAAGAGCCUUGGCUUUGGACCAACAUAACGGUGAAACAUGGGGGCUCUUAGGCCACUGUUACUUGAUGUUGGACGACCUACAGUCGGCAUAUACCGCAUACCAACAGGCCUUGUUGAAUUUGCAAAACUUGAGUGUUCCUAAACUAUGGCACGGAAUUGGUAUCUUAUAUGAUAGGUACGGCUCUUUAGAAUAUGCCGAGGAGGCAUUUGUGCGUGUCUUGGAGAUGGAUCCAAAUUUCGAGAAAGCCAACGAAGUUUACUUUAGAUUGGGUAUAAUUUACAAACUUCAGGGGAAACUACAAAAGGCUUUGGAAUGUUUCCAAUACAUCCUCAAUGUUCCUCCUGCUCCAUUAACCCAGACUGAUGUAUGGUUCCAAAUAGGUACUGUCUUGGAACAGAACAGAGAUUUUAAUGGCGCAAAGGAAGCAUAUGAGAGGGUCUUGCAGGCUAGUCCAAACCAUUCUAAAGUCUUACAACAAUUGGGUGGUGUCUAUUCUCAGCCUGAAGCACCCUUCUAUGAUUUGGAUAUCGCCUUACAACUGUUGGGCCAGUCCAUUGAAUUGAACAAUACUGACGCCCAUUCUUGGUAUUAUCUAGGUAGAGUCUAUAUGUCAAAGCAAGACUAUUCAAAUGCUUAUGAAGCCUUCCAACAUGCCGUUAACUUGGACUCGAGAAACCCCACCUUUUGGUGCUCUAUUGGUGUUCUCUAUUACAAGAUCUCCCAAUUCAAAGAUGCCUUGGAUGCUUAUACAAGGGCAAUUAGGUUGAAUCCUUACCUGUCGGAGGUGUGGUACGAUUUAGGUACUCUCUAUGAAACCUGUAACAACCAAAUAGGUGAUGCUCUAGAUGCUUAUAGGAGAGCAGCCUCCUUGGAUCCUGAAAACCCUCAUAUUGCUGAACGGUUGAUGCAGUUGUCCAAGUAUGAGAAAGAAGGCGGUGCUUUACCUCCACCAAUCCAAAACCAGCACCAGCUAACUAUGCCUUCCUAUCAAAUGAUUCAACAGCAACAACAACAGCAACAGCAGGCUCAACAGGCUCAACAGGCUCAACAGGCUCAACAGGCUCAACAAGCUCAACAACAGGCUCAACAGGCUCAACAGGCUCAACAACAGGUACAACAGGCUCAACAGGCUCAACAACAGGCUCAACAGGCUCAACAACAACAAAUUCAACAAACUCAGCUUAAUCAAGCUAGUCAACCAACCGAGCCAUCUCAACAGUUCCAGCAACCAAACAACCCAGUGAUGUUACAACCUUUAGUCCACCAGCCUCCUCAAAUAGUCCAACCUGUUCAAACGCAACAGUCUACAUCGUCGUAUUCUGUUAUGCCACCUGUUCCUCACACCACAGAUUCAUUACAUGCAGAUGGCAAAAAUGAUAAAAAGCAAAAGAAAGCUAAAAAGCAAGUAGGAGAAGUUGCAAAGGUAGGCGAGAGCACAUCAACUAAUUCUGAAAGCUCGAAAACUUCUGAAGUUGGAUCCAAAGAGAUCAAGCAUGACACAAAAACCGAAGAAGAUGCUGCUGAAGUCAGUGGUCAAUCAAAGAAUGCAUCUUUGGUUCCCCCUUCAGAGAUCAAAGAGGAAAAGAAAACGGAUCCAAAACCUGAAAGUGUCGCUGAAUCGCCUCAAUCUAAAAAUCAGGAUAAUGGUGCCGAAAAGAGACCUUUGGAGAACUCCCAACCCGAAACUGAAGAAAAGCGGCAAAAGGUAUCGCCAACUUUGACGCCAACCUCCAAUCUAAAUUCGGAACCUUCAUCUGAAGGGAAGGGAGAAGUGGAUGUGGUUGAGCAAACGCAGCAAGGAACGCCGCAACAAGAACCAGAAAAGAAGCAGGAACAACAAGAACAAAGGAAAGAUGUCGCAAAAACUCAUGAAGCUUUUGUUCAAGUUGAGAAAAAAACCAUUGAUUUGAAGCCAAUGGAUGUUGAAGAAGUUAAGGAACUAAAAGAUAUAGUUCAUAAUGAAGUCGAAGACGAGGAGGUUAAAAAUACAGCUAAGCUUGUUGCAGAACCUACGACCGAGUCAAAAGUUAGAGAAAUUGAUGAAGAUGAAAACUACGACGACUGA